AUGGCCCCCGAAAAACAACACCCACACUCAGAGUUCCAGGACCUAGAAUCUCAAUCCUGCAGUGAAAACAAUCCCCAAAGCCAAAACCAAAGCCUAAGCCAAAACGAAACCCCAAGCUGUGUUGAGAGCAAUGACAAGAAUGACAGCAGCGACAACAACGACAACGACAACGACAACGACCCCAUCUCCGCCUUCCACCAACUAGGCCUCCUCGACCGCUUCCUCGCACUCUGGAUCUUCCUCGCCAUGGCGGUGGGGAUCCUCCUGGGGAAUUUCGUCCCGAGCACGAGCACGGCGCUGCAGAGGGGGAAGUUUGUGGGUGUUUCGGUGCCGAUUGCAAUUGGUCUGCUGGUGAUGAUGUAUCCGAUCCUGUGCAAGGUUCGGUAUGAGACGCUGCAUCGGUCGUUCCGGGAAAGGGGGCUUUGGGUUCAGGUUGCUUUUAGCGUUGGUGUUAAUUGGGUGGUAGCGCCUUUGGUUAUGCUGGGUCUUGCGUGGGCGUUUCUUCCCGACGAGAGGGGUCUGCGAGAGGGGCUGAUUCUGGUUGGUAUUGCGCGGUGUAUUGCGAUGGUGCUCGUCUGGACAGGGCUCGCGGGGGGCGACAGCGAGUAUUGUGCAAUACUAGUGGCCAUCAACUCGAUCCUUCAGAUGGUUCUGUUUGCGCCGAUCGCCAUCCUCUUCAUCCGGGUGAUUGGCGGCGCGGACCACGGCCUGACGAUCGAAUACUCGCUGGCUGCGAAAAGCGUCGGUGUCUUUUUGGGCAUUCCCCUGGGCGCGGCGAUUGUCACCCGGUUUUGUCUCAGGGCGUUGGUCAGUGACGACUGGUACGAUAAGCAUUUCCUGAAGUGGGUCAGCCCCCUGUCCUUGAUCGGACUGCUGUUCACGAUCUUGGUACUGUUCGCGUCUCAGGGAAGACAUGUGGUCCACCAGAUCGUAUCUGUGAUCCGGGUGGCUGCUCCGCUGAUCGUGUACUUCUUUGUCAUUUUCAGUCUCACCCUCGCGGUGACGCGGUACCUGGGCUUCGGGUACAAGCUCUCCUGCACGCAGAGCUUCACUGCCGCGAGCAACAACUUUGAGCUUGCUAUCGCGGUCGCCAUAGCGACCUUCGGCGUGGACAGUGACCAGGCUCUGGCUGCGACAGUCGGGCCGCUUAUCGAAGUCCCUGUGCUUCUGGGGUUGGUGUAUGCAGUAAAGUUCUUGGCGAGAAGACGGAAGUGGCCGGCAUAAGUAGGAGAUAUUUUGUAAAAUCAUUAUAUAAUAUGAUUGGAAACGUUUUGAAGUAUUAGUUGUUGCUGAUCUCAUCCAGAACUUGGAACAGGAUCUGGUUCUGCACUCUGCAUCCUUCAUCCGUAGUCAAGCCUUUGGAAAACCCAGCCCAGAGUUUCCGGCGGAUCUCAGCCAUAUCCACCCCGCGUGUGUUGUAUUGGCUGAUUAGCUCAUCUGCAAUUGCGCAGAGAGUGGUGUUCAAGACGUCCUCGUUUGUGGGCCACGUUGCUGUGUCUUCGUUAGGCGUGCAGCCACAUACGGAUUGUUCUCCCGGUCCGGGUCCAUCAGAUGGUGGCUCGUUGUGAAGUGAAGUCUCUAGGGAAG